AUGACAGGAUGGGUGCGAAGAGACGUUAAGGAACCAGAAUCAAUAGCUGAUCAUAUGUAUCGGAUGGGAUUAAUGGCUCUCAUAUCUUCUGACACUCCCGGAGUAAACCGUGAGAACAAUCCUGUUAUUAAAAUACAUUUGAUUAUUAUAUGGUCUUUCUACAAGCUCUUUCUGCUAAUGACUCCAAGGAAGCUGAGGGAAAGAAAUGGAAUAGAUUCCGUUCUAAAUGUUAAGUGCUUUGCUAUUGUUGGUGACAUCACUCCUGAUGAUGGGAUCCCGAAAAAAGAAAAGAGCCGACGUGAGCGAGAAGCAUUAAAACACAUGUGUGAAUUGCUUGGUGGAGGGGAAAGAGCCAAGGAGAUCAGUGAUUUGUGGAUGGAGUACGAAGAGAAUUCUUCAUUGGAAGCUAAGCUUGUAAAAGACUUCGACAAGAAUUUAAAGGAUAUCACUAUUGCCACUUUCUUAUUGGUGACUAUAGACUGA